AUAAAAUCUCACAGAUCUGUUAUGUAUACAUCGCACAGCAGAAUAAAUGAAGCUUAGCCUCUUGAUCCUGCUACAUACCAGACAGGACGUUCUGCAACAGGUGAUUUAUAAAGCGAAUCGGGAUGCUCGUUCCUUGACUGAUCACACAAGCUAUCGUUCAUUGAGCAGAUCAAGCCAUUAUCAAGCCAUUAUAAGAUAUUUCUUCAAUGUGUUUACACUCCUGUAUACUCGAUCAGGAAGUUCCGGCUUCAGGCCAGGGACCGCAAAGCAACCGACUUAGGAAAUCCCGGGCCACGUUUUUAACCCAAUUGUGGGGUUAACAUGGCAGUGAGCGCUGUAAAGUGCAUGAAUUAAAG